AGAGAGUUUUGGAGGGAAAACAGAAAGAGCGGCAAAAGCGAAAGAAAAAAUGGCGGAAGAAGAGUACGAUGAUGAUGUCGAAGAAGAGUUCUCCGUUUGGAAGAGGAACACGCCAUUGUUGUACGAUCUUGUCAUUUCGCACCCUCUCCCAUGGCCUUCUCUCACUGUUCACUGGCUCCAUUCUUCUCCACAACCCCAUUCUCAUCCUUCCUUCAAUCUCCACAAGAUCCUUUACGCAACUCACACUUCAAAUUCCGAACCGAACUACCUCAUCCUCGCCAAUGUUGCUCUUCCUGCCAACCCAUCACAGCCUGUCGCUGCUGCUGUUGACGCUGAAAACCCGGUUCUGCCCAAGGUGGAGGUUACCCAAAGGAUUAUGGUUGAUGGGGAGGUGAAUAGGGCGAGGAGUAUGCCCCAGAACCCUAGUGUUGUUGCUUCCAAGACUUGUGGUUCUGAGGUUUAUGUGUUUGAUGUUGAGAAGCAGCAUGGAAAGGAACAAGGUGGUGGUUGUGAUCCUGAUUUGAGGUUGAGGGGUCAUGACAAAGAAGGGUAUGGUUUGUCUUGGAGCCCUUUUAAGAAAGGCUAUCUUUUGAGUGGCUCCCAUGACUCAAAGAUUUGCAUGUGGGAUGUGUUAGCUGCGGAUAAAGAUAAUGUGCUUGAUGCGAUCCAUGUUUAUGAGGCACAUGAUGGCGUGGUUGGGGAUGUAUCCUGGCAUUCAAAGCACGAGAGUUUAUUUGGCUCUGUUGGAGAUGAUUGCAAAUUAAUCAUUUGGGACUUGAGGACAAAUAAGGCCCAGCAAUCAGUCAAGGCACAUGAGAAUGAGGUGAACUUUAUUUCUUUCAAUCCAUAUAAUGAAUGGAUUGUAGCUACAGCAUCGUCAGACACCACCAUUGCCCUCUUUGAUACAAGGAAACUGGCGGAGCCGCUGCAUGUUUUAAGUAGCCACACCGAUGAGGUGUACCAGGUGGAGUGGGAUCCUAAUCAUGAGACCGUGUUGGCAUCUUCAGGUGCUGACAGAAGGCUGAACGUUUGGGACCUUAGCAGAGUCGGGGAUGAGCAGAAUGAAGGGGACGGUGAUGGUGGCCCUCCUGAGCUACUCUUCUCUCAUGGUGGUCACAAGGGGAAGAUAUCGGACUUUUCGUGGAACAAGAAUCAGCCAUGGGUUAUCUCAAGUGUGGCUGAGGACAAUUCUUUCCAUGUGUGGCAAAUGGCUGAGAAUAUAUACAAUGAAGAUGGUGAUGACGAAGAUAUCUGGACAGCUGAUGAUCAAAACUAACCAAAUCAUACCCAAGGCUGAAAGACUAUUUACAUUACUUUCUGUUUCUCUUCUAUUAAAAUUUGGAACUCAGAAUAUGGUGUUGAUGGAGCAUGAUUUAUCAUUUUCUAUUCAGAAAAAGACUUUCUUUGCGUGAAGAAAUUUUAAAGUUUAAAGUUCCUACCGUAGUUAAAAUCAGUUUAAAAUGUUAAUCUAUUAAACUGGAUUCCAUUAAUAGUACGUCAUAAUUUAGAGUCAGUUAAUUAGUUCUUGUAAA